GUGUUUAAAAGAAUAGAAGGGAUGAAUAGGCUAUUUGUCUUCCUAUUAUCUUCACAGGAGAUCCAUUCAUCGGGUACUUCAGCCGAUCCUCCUACCACCCCAUCCCAUGAAUCACGGUUGAUUGAUCCUGGACAAACAUUCAACCAACCGAAACUCUGAGGCACCCCACGACCCCAUCGCAAUCGUACACCGCGUGAAUGCUUCCUGUUGUCUCUCCCCUCCUCCUCCCUUUCCUAGCAAACCAUGCCAAAUUCCCUCUGCUUCUGAAGUUAAAACAAAAAUAGCAAAUGGCCGAAACGGAACCCCUCCUCCCCACCACCAGCCCAAGAAAAAGGCUUCUCCCAUCCACUCCUCCGUCCUCCAUCCUCUGUCCCCUCCCCGAAGACGGCGAGAUCUCCAUCCCCUUCUCCCCUGCCACCGCCUCCCCCUCCCUCAAAGAACGCCUCAUCUUCGGCUCCUCCUCCGACCUCCAAUCUCCCAUCUCCCCCGAAGCCCUCUCCCUCCUCAUCCCCAUCCCAUCAUCUCCCAUCGCAUCCACCGCCCGGGAUCCCACCGUCGCCAGAUCUCCUCUCGCUGCGGCCGAAGGCCCCGCGUCGUCGUCAUGGUUGACGGACCCGUCGGCGGCGGCCACGGGCCGGAGCAACCUCCACCGGUCGCGCACCGCCCCCGCCAUGUCGGCCAUCAACGCCCACGCCCAACAGCCGUCGGCGUCCUCCCCCCACCGUCCCUCCAUCGUGCGGCAGGCCGUCGUCCUCCUCUCCAUCUACCUCUCCCUCGGCGUCCUUGUCUACACCCUCAACCGCUCCAACUUCUCCGCCGCCGACACCCACCCCGUCGUCGACGCCCUCUACUUCUGCAUCGUCACCAUGUGCACCAUUGGCUACGGCGACAUCACCCCCGCCACCCCCUCCGCCAAGCUCUUCUCCAUCACCUUCGUCCUCGUAGGCUUCGGCUUCAUCGACAUCCUCCUCUCCGGCAUGGUCUCGUACGUUCUCGAUCUCCAGGAGUCCCUCCUCCUCGGCGCCGUCGCCAACCCGAAGCACGACAGCCACGGCGCCGCUGGUGGCAAGCACCACCACCACCGGCGCGACGUCGCCCGCCGCUACAUCAUCGACGUCAAGAAGGGCCGCAUGCGCAUUCGCAUGAAGGUCGCCCUCGCCCUCGGAGUCGUCGUGCUCUGCAUCGGCGUCGGCACCGCCGUGCUCCGCUUCGUCGAGCGUCUCGGCUGGCUCGACUCCUUCUACCUCUCCGUCAUGUCCGUCACCACCGUCGGCUACGGGGACCGUGCCUUCAAGACCAUGCCCGGCCGGCUAUUUGCGUCUCUGUGGCUCCUUGUGUCCACGCUCGCCGUCGCCCGUGCCUUCCUCUACCUGGCGGAGGCCAGGAUCGACAAGAGGCACCGCAAGAUCGCAAAGUGGGUGCUCUGCAGGGACAUGACCGUCUCCGAGUUCCUCGCCGCUGACAUCGACAACAAUGGUUUCGUCACUAAAUCAGAGUUUGUCAUUUACAAACUGAAGGAGAUGGGGAAGGUAAUGGAGAAGGACAUCAUGCAGAUCUGCGAUCAGUUUGAUAGGCUAGACACAGGAAAAUGUGGAAAGAUUACACUUUCCGAUCUCAUUGAAAGUCAUCACUAAUUCUCACACCUCUUGGUAAUGGAAGAUCUGGAGUGCAUCUUGGGUGAUCCAGUAAAGGGGUAUGCAAGCCACUACUAAAAACGAAGCUACUAGCUUAUCCAUGAUGUGAAAAAAAAACAAAGCGCCAAGGUGGGAUGAGCUCAUACAAUUUGAAGCUGUGUUGGUCCUACCUUUCUCCACUAGUCGAGGGAGCAAACAACCGUUCCAAACCAAGCUCGUGGAGGUAAGCACUCCAAAUCCAGAUAUUACAUUAUGAUUCCACCACUUUUAUAUUCCAUUAUUGUUUCUAUUUUUUCUAAAAAAUAUAAGUAGACACCAUACGGGCAUUUUUUUUGAUAUUUUAAAGUGAUUUGGAUGCUGAUGUUAUUUGAUAUGGAUGUCAUCUGGUUUGAUGGAAAGAGUGGUAUUGAAAAGGCUGAAUAUGGUCUAAAAAUGCAAUUAGUUGA